AGAUACAUGCAGAAUAGCUUCGGUAGUGUCAUGGCGAAAAAUAUCAAGUUGACUGUUGUUGAAGGGAGGAAUCAGUUUCUACAGUUCCUUCCACCAUGUACAGAUCUGUGCCUGCAGGCUAACCAACUCAUCCUGGUUAGUUCACGCUCGCUACAGGCCAUAUAUCUACCAGGAAUGUAUGUUAACCAAAGCACUCGCACUACAGACCCUAAGCGGAUUGAGAAUGUGACCUUGGCAUACAAC